AGUAUAAAUCUGAUGAUUUGAAUCUGAUUCCAAGAGGGUGAAAGGAGAGAACUUGUAGAGGUUGUCCUUCGGCUUGCACGUGUGCUCACACACACAGUUUAGGGACAUUUGAAUGGUCUGUCUCUGAGUCUGUAUAACUGAGGGUGGCCUUGAACUCUGUUCCUCUUGCCUCUACCUUCUGUGUGUUGGGAUCACAGGCUGUGCCAUCACUCCUGAUUUGAGAUAGGUUUUCCUGGUGAGGUAAUGGUUAAAACUUGAAAGAAAUUAGGGGUCAGGGAAAAGCUUUCAAAAUGCAUGUAAUGCUAGCACUUGGGGAGUAGAGGCAGGAAGAUCAGGAGUUGGAAGCCAGGUUGGCCCAGAUAAGACCUUAUUUCAAACAACAAAAAUGAUACUUAGAGGGUGUAAUGUUUACUGCUCUUGAAAAGGAGCUGGGUUCUGUUCCCACCACUCAAACCUUGUAACUUGUAGAUUCUGGUGAUCCAUCACCUUUUUUUUUUUUUUUCUUCAAUUUAUUUAUUAUGUAUACAGUGUUCUGCCUGCAUGUAUGCCUGCAAGCCAGAAGAGGGCACUAGAUCUCAUUACAUAUGGUUGUGAGCCACCAUGUGGUUGCUGGGAACUGAACUCCGGACCUCUGGAAGAGCAGCCAGUGCUCUGAGCCAUCUCUCCAGCCCUGAUCCAUCACCCUUUUGCUUCUUUGGAUACCUACACAUGCAUGUUGCUCAUAAACACAGGCGAACACAUAGGAAAAGAUGUCAGAGCAAGAAGAGAAUGGCUUGUUUGAAAUGCCAGAUUAUGAACAUGUAGAAGAUGAAAUUUUUCCUCCCUUCCCACCUCCAGCCUCUCCUGAGAGAGAUCCUGUAGAAGCUGAACCUGAUGAAGAUGAGGGCUGGAAACUUGGAACUCUCUUUAUAGACCAGGCUGGCCUCAAACUCAGAUCUUCCUGCCUCUGCUUCCCUAGUGCUAGAAUUAAAGAAUCAGGGAGUGGAGCACCUGUUCCUGUACCGCCAAAGAGAACAGUUAAAAGGAAUCUACCCAAGCUAGAUGCUACUAGAUUAACUUCAGAGAGAGGGCUUCCAGCCUUAAGGCAUGUGUUUGAUAACACAAAAUUCAAGGGGAAGGGUCAUGAGGCUGAAGACUUGAAAACGCUAAUCAGACACAUGGAGCACUGGGCGCAUAGGCUAUUCCCCAAGCUGCAAUUUGAAGAUUUUAUUGACAGAGUUGAAAACCUAGGAAAUAAAAAGGAGGUUCAGACCUGUUUAAAACGAAUUCGACUUGAUCUUCCUAUUGUACAUGAAGAUUUUGUUAACAAUAAUGAUGAAGUAGAAGCAACUAAUCCCCUUGAUGUAACUGCUGCUGGAUUUGAUUCCUUCUUGACAAGCUCAUCUGACAGCAAGAAGUUGGCUUCUGAAUCAAGUAGAAGCCUAACAGAAGAGCAGCAACAGAGAAUUGAGAGAAAUAAACAGCUGGCCUUGGAAAGAAGGCAGGCAAAGCUACUGAGUAAUAGCCAGUCCCUAGAAAAUGAUGAGUUAAUGAGUACAUCCUGGGCACAGCCAGUUGAAGAGAGCAGUACUGGUGAGGAGCAAGAAGAGUCAGGUGGAUUAAACACAGACGCUGCAGAUGGUCCACAUGAUGUUCCUUCUGCCAAUACAGAUGAAGAGGAACAGCUCAAAGCAGAGGACAAACAGCUGAACCAUACUAACUUAGACUAAUCCAGACAUGUUCCAAGUAACCAGGCUUCCACAACAGAAUCUUGCAAGUUUGGGGUUAUUUGUAAAUUUUUCUACUUUGUGUAAGUCUCUUAAGUCAUAAGACUUCUAUGGAUUCCUGCUUAAAAUACAAUGACUAUAAUUGUUUCCUACUUACUUUAGUAAGUCUAUUUAUUAUUUUUGGUAUUCUGUAUAAAUUCGACUUUAUAAGCUAUUUCUAGUUUACACUGAAUUCUUUCUCACUAAAUUGGGUAAUGUUUUAAAAUGUAAAUAUGCACUGACUAUUAAGGUCUGUUUUUAUAAAGAAAUAAAUGUGUUUUGCAAACAA